GGUCGUUGUGAAUGUGGCAGCCGCAGGGAGGGGCGCGCGCGCGCUGUUUAUUUCAUUAUUAAAAUUGAUUUCAGAGUGAAAUAAAAGUGAUUUUUGAGUGUAGAUCUUCAGCACGACGCCCGGAUCGCUGCCGUCUGUUUCUCAUUGUGUUUCACCGCUGUGACGGAGGAAUUAUGGGUCCAUAAAAAUGUUGGACUAAUCGCACGAGAGACUCUUUUCCAUGAAAGAUAGUUCUAUGUAUUUAUUCUUUUGUUUUGUCUCGUGAGGAUGGAGCAGGUGAAUAUUCUGAAGAGAUUUAUCGAGAGCAUGAGGAGAGACGAGCAGAAAGCAGAAGAUAACUUCAGCUCGGACUUCAUGCGACUACGUCGAUUAUCUACCAAAUACAGAACAGAGAAGAUCUACCCCACGUAUGUUGGAGAGCAGGAGGAAAACAUGAAGAAAAACAGAUAUAAGGACAUUCUGCCAUUCGACCACAGUCGUGUGAAGGUGACUAUAAAAACAUCCAAUCAAGAUACAGACUACAUCAAUGCUAACUUCAUCAAGGGAGUGGACGGGCCGGAGACUUACAUCACCACUCAGGGUCCGCUGCCUAACACCGUGCUGGACUUCUGGAGGAUGAUCUGGGAAUAUAAAGUUGCGGUCAUAGUGAUGGCGUGUCGAGAGUUUGAAAUGGGAAGGAAAAAGUGUGAACGUUAUUUUCCUCUGUUUGGAGACGAGCCUGUUCUGUUUGGCCCCUUCAGGAUAUCCUGUGACUCAGAACAGGCACGGACAGAUUAUUUCAUCCGCACGCUCACAGUGGACUUUAAUGACGAAAGCCGACAAGUGACGCAAUUCCAUUACGUGAAUUGGCCCGACCACGACGUCCCGUCUUCCUUUGAUUCCAUAUUGGAUAUGAUCUCUAUGAUGAGAGGACAUCAGGAGCGUGAUGAUGUUCCCAUCUGUAUCCACUGCAGUGCUGGAUGUGGCCGGACGGGAGCCAUCUGUGCGAUUGACUACACGUGGAAUUUACUGAAAGCUGGGAGAAUUCCAGAAGAUUUUAAUGUUUUUCAACUGAUUCAGGAGAUGAGGACGCAGCGGCAUUCUGCAGUACAGACCAAAGAGCAAUAUGAGCUGGUUCAUCGAGCGAUCCUUCAGCUCUUUGAGAAACAACUGAUGCUGUUAGAGAGUUCAACAAACUCUGAGUUCACAGACGGGAUGGAAGAGGGCAGCCCAGAAAAACCCAACCAGAACUCAGACGAGGAACCAUGGGAUACGCCCCCUCCCAAACCACCCCGUAUCCGCAGUAAUCAGGUUGAGGGGGAUGUGAAGGAGGAGAUUUUACAGCCCCCAGAGCCGCACCCUGUCCCUCCAAUCCUCACACCGUCCCCGCCCUCGGCGUUCCCUACGGUCACAAACGUGCGUCAGGACAAUGACCGAUACCACCCCAAACCCAUUCUGCAUGUGCUGGCGUCGGACCAAAACCCCGAUCUCAAUGAGAACUACACCAAACCCAGAGAAGGUCCGCCGGCACUGCCCGCCCUGACGACACAACCGCCCACCCCGUCCCCCGGCGAGGGACUCGACACCCGUCUGGAUCCAAAGCUGAGCAUCGAGAUCAAGAAGGUUCCCCUGCAGGAGGGUCCACGCAGCUUCGAGGGUAACGGCGCCCUGCAGCGCUCGCACGCCUUCAAACGCUCCAACACCAGCAGCAGCUCCAUGUCUGAGGAUUCUGAUGACGCUCCUCGUCCCAAUCACCUGCCACUGAGAGCUGAGAAGAGUCAGGCCGCCUGGUCUUUGCCCAGUGCAGACAGAGCGUCCGAGCGGACUCCCAGCCCCACCCUUUCAUCUGCGGCGUCCGGCACACCCAUGAGAAGCGCUCUCAGCUUCACUAACCCGCUGCAUUCUGACUUCACUGAUGCGGAGACCGGAGGGGGGUGUGGCACCAGCGGCUGCUCCAGUAUUUCCAUGGCAACCAAUACUGCUUCCUUGCAACAGCAGGGCGAUCACGCUGCCCACAGGGUCACUACGAUGUCCAUCGCUGGCCACAGCCUGCUGACAAAGACCCACACGAACUGUGACGACAGUGAAGAUUCACCCCCCCCUCUUCCAGAGAGAACCCCUGAGUCCUUCCAAAUGGUCACAGACCCCACAGAUGUGAAGCUGUGUGUCUCAGAAGCGUCUGCACAGGUGUCAGAAAGCACACAGAUACAAAGCCCUGCUGGUCCUCCAAAGAACGAUGUGGUGCAAAAGGCUCCAGAUCUGCUGGCUGUAGUCACGCCCCCUGAUGUCCCGACAGACAAGAGAAUAGAGAUUGAAGCCGCCUCCCAAAUGGGAUUUGGCAGCCGUUGCCCGCAGCCCAAAGGUCCCCGAGAGCCUCCGUCAGAGUGGACAUGACCGUCAUUACCUGCUCCCGUUGGAUCCGUUCAUCUUUCUUUUUCAGGUGUCCACUGUAAAGACUGUGUGACCUCAUCGUCACUGACUAACACAAUCAGUAAAGAUUCAAUCUCCCAUGAUGCACUUGUGCGCUCUCUGUUGUGCUGCUGCUGGCUGCCGUGAAGUCAAUGUGCUGGUGCUAAACCAUCUGCUGGGAGCAGAAAUCUGCCUUAGAAUAAACACAUCAAAGCAGGUGGAAGCAUUCUGCAUCUUUUCCAGAACUUUACACCUCGAGUUUGACAAGACAGUCAGAGCACGCUGUCCUCACCACAAUAUCUGCAUUGUUUUAUAUGUGUACAGGGUGGUGCAGUAAAUCAUUAUAAUAAUGUACUAUCACUGAAUAUAUUAAUGCCAUGUAAGAAAUGUCCGUGCAUGAAACCUGUACCUCAAACUGUAAAUUAUUUGCCCUGCUCUUAGAACAAAUGUUUCAGGGUUGUAUUUGUUUUUUUUCUUGCGUCUCUAAUAUUCAGGUGUGUUUUUUUUUCAAUGGCUGGUAUGUUAUCGGCCGCUUGACAAAAUGCAGCAGACUCGAGAUUGUAAUAAUGCUUUUGUAUAUUGUAUUCUAGAGGUUAUUUUUGUAUAUGCCAUUUUCUCACGUUACAAAAACCAUUACAGAACUCGCACACUACGCCUUUGUACUGUCUGUGUGCGUGGGUCACAAAAUAUUAUUUUUUCUGUUAAUAAUGUGUGUGAUUGUGAGACUUUGUUCACAUCAGUAGUAUUUAUUGGCCUCACACAGAUUGUGCUCAAUGUCGCCCUCUGCAGUCGCAACGACAAUCUGCGCGCACACACAGUGUGUUAAUGUCUGAUAAUGUGUGAAAACAGUGUUUGUAUGUAGGCUGAAAGUGUUCAGUGAAUUGACACUGAUGGUGUUUAGUGUUAAACUACUGCUGCAGUUUGUCAUUUGUCUCAAAUGCCCAUUUUACUGAUAUGUUCAAUAAUCUGCAGCCUGUAACUCCCCAUUCUACAAUAAAGCAAUACAUUUGUUUCA